CUUUAGUAAACAUUGAUAACGAUAUUUUUUAAUUUAAGUUUUUUUAUGCCUACGCUUACAAUAACCCAAUUUAUUACAAUUUAUUAGAAGUGUAAAGUAUUAUCAGAAAUUAUGAGCAGUUCAAGUAAACGAAAUGAGAAAAUGGAAAGUAAUAUUGCAUCCAAAAGAGUUAAAACGGAAUGUUCUUAUGGAGAGAGAUGUUACAGACUGAAUCCGGCACAUUUACGGGAAUUCAGCCAUCCACACUCUAAGAAUUUUAUAAAAGAAAGUACAAGUACACAUGUAAAAGAAUCGAAUGAAUUAAUUCAAGAUUUACCACAGAGCAGUCAUACAAAUAGGUUAAGUGUUAGUGAUGGAAGCAAAUUAAAUGCAAAUAAAGAAAUGGAUUUAGAAAAAGACAAAAGAAGAGAUGAAAGAGAGAAAAGCAAAUCACCAGUACACCAAAUUGUGAAAGGUGAAUAUAUACCUAUAAUAGUACCGACCCGUAAACCUGAACAGUUUUUAAAAGUGGUGAUACCACCUGGUGGGAUGGCAGCGAAGCAUGCUGCUACUGCUCCCUACCAUAUAUUUUAUACAACAAUAACUGAUUCUAAAGAGACGCACAGACAGACGAAUUCUAUUACAUUUCUAGAAAUAUUGGAUAGAAGUUUGGGUGAAUUAAAGUGUUCUUUGCAAAUAAAUUUUAUGGUAGAACCAGGAUGGUUACUAGCUCAGUAUUAUUUUGCUGGAUACAGUGGUAAAAAGUUAACAAUACUCUAUGGUGAUGAUUGCGGGGACAUGAAAUCGCUUAGCAAAAAGAAACCGAAUGUGGACGCACACUACGUGUCUAUGGCAACACCGUUCGGAAAGCAUCACACGAAAAUGAUGUUACUUUGUUACGAAGAUGGUUCUCUAAGAGUCGUUAUUUCAACUGCCAACCUUUAUAUUGAUGAUUGGGAAAAUAGGACUCAGGGUCUAUGGUUCAGUCCUGCAUGUCCACCUCUUCCGGUAGACUCUAUGCCACACGACGGGGAGUCCCCUACCCUGUUCAAGAGGUCUCUACUCCGGUAUUUACAUCACUAUCAAAUGCCACAGCUCAGUUAUUACGUGGACUGGGUAAAGAAAUGCGAUUUCAGUCAUAUUAAAUGGGGCAUGACUCGUACUGGGGCAUUGCUCCGACAGCAUUGUUGUAUACCACCCAGAGAUAACACUAAGUGGCCACUUAUAGCACAGGCGAGUAGUCUAGGCUCGUACGGGAAGGAACCUAAGUUAUGGCUGACAGGAGAUUUCUUGCAUCACUUUACAAAGAUCAAAGAUCAGCCACAAAUGAUGACUGCGGCUGCGGAAUUGAAGCUGAUAUAUCCAUCCUUACAGAACGUGAGACAGUCUCACGAUGAUUUACUGGGCGGUGGUUGUCUGCCCUACGCUGCAGCAGUUCACGCUAAACAACCCUGGCUAAAUGAUUAUUUAUAUCAAUGGCAAGCUAAAUCAAUACAUCGCAAUAAAGCGAUGCCACAUAUAAAGUCCUACACACGUGUUUCUCCUGACAACAAAAUGGCGGCUUAUUUUUUACUGACGUCAGCAAAUGUUAGUAAAGCUGCUUGGGGUAGUUUGAAUAAAGGCAAUCGAGCGUUGAGGAUUAUGAGCUAUGAAGCCGGAGUUUUAUUUCUACCCAAGUUUAUUAUAAAUGAAGAUCUAUUCCCAUUAGACAGGAAUGCCACAAAUAGACUAAUGUUGCCGUACGAUAUUCCUCCCGUUAAAUAUACAAGUGAUAUGUCGGCUUGGGUCUCUGAUUAUUUGUCAUAAGAAUAAUAUAAUUAACAGCCUUACAAAUAAACGCGGUAUAAAGUUUAACUUAGGUUUUUUUUUUAUAAUAUAAGU